GCAACAUCCGUCAUCUUUCCGGCCCACUGUCAGUAGGUUCCGCGCCGAGCGCUGCGACUAUAAAGAUGGGAUGGUUUUCCAUGGACCUGCCAGGUCCCCCGCCGCAUCUUUGGUUUUCAACUUGCUUGGCGAAGAUAUUGGCUGACAUAACCUGGAAUAAAGACUCGGCUACUACGGUCAGACUACCCCGACUUGCCGUACUACGUAGACACUCCUCUAUCUUCUUGUAUCUUCACUCCAACGACCCGCCACGUCCUAUUUUAUGAACUCCAGUGGGCAUAAUCAUUGUCCAGCUGCACGCGUUAUCCAGCUUCUUUUCGGUUGAGUACUCUUCGGCACCACACAAUAUGCUAUUCCGGCCGCUUUCAUUAACCAUACCGCACAUCGCCUAUGCAUGCCUCGGAGGUUUUGUCGUUGUGUUUGGCAUGUUCUCUUUGUUCAUUCGAGAAAAGCUUUACAUCGGCGAGGCAUGCUGGGCUUUUCUCUUCGGCGUCAUCAUCGGUCCUUAUGGUGCCGGCAUAUUUGAUCCUCGUAGCUGGGGCAGUGGCAAUUCUGAGGAUACCGUGAAUCAAAUCACACUAGAGUUCACUCGUGUUGUCCUUGCAAUUGGAGUCUUCGCAAUCGGCGUCGAGCUUCCAAAAGCUUAUAUGAAGCGUCACUGGAAAAGUUUAUUAUACCUUCUAUUUCCUGUCAUGACAUGGGGUUGGUUUGUGUCGGCAGGCUUGAUCUAUGCUCUCAUACCUGACCUCACAUUCUUGUCAAGCCUUGCUGUCGCUGCAUGCUUGACCCCAACUGAUCCGAUCCUUGCUGCUGCAGUUGUCGGUGGCAAAUAUGCCGACAAGCACGUCCCCGCUCAUCUUCGCCAUCUUCUCGCAGCGGAAAGCGGUUGCAACGAUGGAGCAGCCUAUCCCUUCCUGUACAUCGCAUUGUAUCUCAUAUUGGACUCCACUACCAGUCGUGCAGUUGAAGAUUGGUUCCUUCUACUCUGGCUCUAUCAGGUCAUCCUAGGUGUGGUCGUUGGCGCCUUAAUAGGAUGGGGUUUCCGGCACCUCAUGAAAUUCUGCCAGCGCAAUGACUUCGUCGAUCGCCAGUCCUACGUUGCACAGUACAUAUCCCUGGCUUUGCUCACCAUCGGCAUCAUGACUAUCCUAGGUUCUGAUGAUCUCCUGGCAGCAUUCUGUUGCGGAACGGCAUUUGCUUGGGACGGUUUCUUCAAUCGCCAGACAGAGGAAUCAGUGUUCAGUUCCGUUAUCGACUUGUUAUUCAAUGUCGCUGCCUUCGUUUAUGUCGGCGCCUGGAUGCCGUUCGACAGUUUCAAUAACGAAACCCUCUCACUUAGCGUGUGGAGGCUCAUCGUUAUUGCCAUUUUAGUGUUGAUGUUAAAAAGGUUGCCGGUCAUGAUUGCGCUCUACAAGUUCAUACCCGACGUAAAGACUUUCCGGGAAGCCGUUUUCAGUGGCCAUUUCGGGCCCAUAGGCAUUGGUGCUAUAUAUAUUUCCACACUAGCAGCCCAGCGGCUACCAAAACCUAGCAACCCUCCAACUAACCAGACUGAAUUUCUGGCACUUGCCAUUCAACCCAUCGUUGCAUUCAUGGUACUCUGCAGUGUCGCUAUUCACGGUCUGUCCAUCCCAUUCUCACUCCUAGGCCGUCGCGUGCAUUCAGUUGGGUCUCGUACGUGGUCCCGCCAUGCCUCAUCCAACGUGCCCGACUGGGCAACGCAUACACGACACGUUACACGUGCGGAAGACGUCAUCAUUAACCGUGAUCCUACUGGACUCGAGCGUGGCGAGGGCGGACUGACGGAAGAAGAGAAGUCUGCACUGGAGAGCAAGCGCGCAAGCACGAUCACUGCGUCGCCGCUGUCGCCCGACGAGACAGAACAGGUCGGCGAGGUGAGCAGUGCGGAGACGCGUGCGGAAGCUGCGCUGGCAAAGGAUGAGGAAGAGAUGAAGGAGGAGACACCACCUGAUGGAAAGGAGACGGCGGCGGAGUGGAAGGAAGGCCCGCAUAAAAUUAUCGAGCGACGAGGUGGUCCUGGUGAGGAGGUCGAUGUGGAAGUCAUUUAUAACGCAUUCAAGCCUUCGGAACGGGUCGUGCACUCCCGGUUUUCUGUAGGAGAAAGUGGCGCCUUACAAGCAGGUCGCGCGUAUCUUCGCAAGUUACAUCAUGCGCCUGAAGAUAUACAUCGGGAAGUUGAACACGUCGAAGAAAAUGUCAAGCAUGAUAUACAUGCAUUAGAAUCAAAAGUCCAAGAAGUUUUUCAAAUCGGUGGAUCAAGUGAUGAAAACACGGGCGCAUGUGCUGAAGGUGAUGAAGACGAAGAAGGAUGGUCGUCAGACAAAAGCGGAGAUGGCGACGGGUCUACGUACCCGUUGGGGGAGCUGCCUGGCGAUCACAAGAAGCGUCCAAAAUCAUGGAAAACGAAGAGCGGAACCCAUUCUGCAGCUGCCAGAAGUGCAAGGAGUCAUCGACGAAGACAAUCAACGGGAGAUGGCGGAACGUUCUCGAGCCAUGCUAGGCAGCUUCUGGAGCAGGACCCACCGUCCGUCUUUACGAGUGAGCCAAGUGAGAUCGUACCGUUUGAAGAUGAAGACCAACGUGGGAGAAGCCACACACCUCAACGUCAGGGAUCAGGGCACACUUGCCGUCGCUCCAUCCAGCACCGACGGUUGGAGUCUCUGAAGACAAGCGAACAUAACUCCCGUGAUGUCUCGCCUACUCGGUCGGUCCGGUUCGUCGACGAAGAGCCUCGGAGUGGUGCCACGACUCCUAGGAUGACACUUGAACAGACGCCCCAGGGCAGUUCUAGCGAACCGUCUACCGCCGAUGGCUCGGAGUCGAGAGGGAAAGUCACAUUCGGCCUCACUCAAAUAAGACGUGCGUCUGAAGAUUAAUAUAUCGUAUAUAUCUCGUUGUGCGUUUUUUAAAUUGUCUGGGUCACCUCGUCGAAAUCACUUGGAUAUCGCUUUCGCAUCACAUCGCAUUCUCAUAACUUGUCGUCAAUGUAGCAUUAAUGGCUUGAACAUGUAUAGAUAUACGCGUCUCUAAACUACUAUUGUAUAUGAAAGAGCUUUUGUCAUGACUGCAC